AUGGCAUUAACAGUUAGUAUAGAUCCUGCAAUUGUGAAGAAGCUCAAUUUAGCUCCAGAUAUCAGAGAUGAUUAUGCUGAAUUAUUUCAAAUUACACUAUGGACUAGCAUAGCUUUGAUUCUAGUUGUAUGGGGAGUUUCUUGGGGUAUCUGGAAUAUGGAUCCUGGACGAGACGGGAUCAUCUAUCGGGGUACAACGACAAGACCUAAACAAGACUAA